CUCCCUUAUCAGAUGGCACAGAUAACGGGCGGCUCAUAAAUCUUAGCGAUCUGCAGUCCACACGGCAGGGACGAGAGAACACGGAGAAGCUGAACCCACGGAAGAGGUUGACACCCUGAAGCCAUGAUGAAGACGUCUGCAGUUAUUGUGGUUCUGCUUCUGAUCACAGGCACCCAAGCCAGAUCUGUGGUCAACAAGACAGUUACGUUUCUUCAAGACUUUUGGAAACACUUCCAUGAAGGUGCUGAGGAAAUCACAGAAAUGGUGCACGGUUUCUAUGGUUCCGGACUGCAGCAAAGGCUGACGGAAAAGCAAAAUGAAACUUGGCAAGACCUCACAGCUUUAAUUGAGAAGUAUCAAAGCGCCAUGAUCUUGUGGAGAAAAACAAGUAAAGAGCAUCUGGGCGACUUGCCGGGGAAGCUCCAUGAGGAGAUGAUUCAUCUGAAGGAUGCCUUGCAAUCGCUUGCUGUAGAUCUUAGGGCGAUUCACUACCAGAAUGCGCACAGAGGCAACUACAGUUCCUUGUUCAACGGGCUCCUGCACAAGAACGGGGCUGACCCAGAGACGUAUCCAGACUAUCUUCUAAGCCACGAGCACAACCAGACCUACGCCAAAAUCGGAGAGAGGUUGAGGGUCAUACUCACUCGACUGAAGCCCACAGGCAUCAAACAGGGGAAGGAAAUCCAGUGGAGAUUUCAGCAGAUCUUGCAGAAGGUGGUGGGGAAGACCAAUGAAAUGCUCGAGGAGCUCAAGAAGUUUCUGUCGCCCCAGGUCGUUGAAAUCAAAAGAAUAAUAUCUUCCCACGUGGAUGCUAUCAGCGAUGUUGAUCAUUCCAUGUUGGAUUAGUUGCCGGAAACUGACGCUCCCCUCCCCCCAUCGGUUCAGCCUGAAACCAUUCACAAUAUUGGCUCUCUGAAAGAUUAAUUGUGACUUAAGCAAAUUGUGGUAUUUCAUUUAAAAAUCGAAAGCGUUCCUGCUUUUUUUCCUUUCGCUUCGCCUCCUCCCU